AUGUCUACAAUCCAGACCGCUAUGGCCCAGCUUUUACCAGCCGAACGGCAGGCUUAUGAAGGCAAAGAGUUGUUAUCGCUCAACGCCGCUAUCAGCCGAACGCUUCUUACUAUCGAAACGGAUUGUCAACUAGCUCGCGACCUACGCAAGAUUCAGAUACGCAUCCGCCGUCAUAUCCUUGCCAGUCUCGUUGAGGAGGAUACAGCAGAUACAGCUCAAGGACCGAAUCAACAUGAAACGUCUCUUAAGGAUAUUUUGCCUCCUCCCGACACCAUCCUUCCCAGCAUCGAGCAGGAACUACACUAUGACCAUGCCAGACUAUCCACGCCUACAGUUGGUGGUACACCUGACGAAACGUCUGAACGAAAGAGAUGUCCAACUCCACCAAUCUCAGACGGCACAAGUGACGAAUUUCCGAUGGGAAAGAAGCGACCCGCUGACAACGAAUUUGGCUCUGCCGCUAAGCGCCCUAGAACAUGGCUCAGUACAAUUACUAGGGGGCUUUUAGCUUGA